AUGCAAGAAUUGGGUAUUGACCACGUCAUUGGGGUGGACGUAGGUGGAACUAACACUGAUACCGUUCUUAUGAGGGGACGGGAUAUAUUGGCUUGGCACAAAUCACCAACGACACCAGAUGUCAGCAGCGGAGUUUCAUCUGCCAUUGAAGCAGUACUUCGCGAGGCUGGUGUCGGCCGGAGUGAAGUGGCAUUGGUCAAAAUUGGGACUACACAGUUUCUAAAUGCAUUUCUUGAAAGAGACAGCCGGAAGAUGGACAAGGUCGCAGUCAUUCGUCUUUGCGGACCUUAUACGCAAAGCGUGGCCCCUUUCUUAGGAAUUCCCGAGCCUCUUCGGCGGGCGAUUGAGGGACAUUACGCAUACAUCGAAGGGGGCACUCAUGUUGACGGCAGGGACAUAUUUCCCUGGUCUCGGGAACAACUCAAAGAAGAAGCCAAAAUCAUAAAAAGCAAAGCAAUCACCUCGAUUGUGCUAAUUGGCGUUCACUCACCAUCAUUCCCAAGGCAAGAAAACGAGGCGGCAGCUUUUCUGUCUGAACAGUUAGGUGUCGGUUUCGACAUCUCCUGCUCCCACCACUUGGGAAAUGCCGGGUUCUUAGAGCGUGAGAACACCGCUAUUCUCAACGCAAGUAUACGCCGUUUCGCGAGACGAGUUAUCGAAAAUCUUACUGGGGCUCUGCGACAGGUGCUACCCGCGGCUCAGGUUUUCAUGACCCUUAACGAUGGCACGAUCAGCCCGUCAUGGUACGCAGCGCACUACCCUCUCAAAUGUUUUUCUUCAGGACCUACGAACAGCGCACGAGGGGCUGCGUUUAUUUCUACUGAGAUGUUGGACGAAAGCGACGAGUCGGACCUGCUGGUCAUCGACGUGGGGGGCACCACAACAGAUGUCUGCAGCUUAUUGCCAAAUGGUUACCCCAAACAUUCGGCUGCCUGCAUCAAAAUAGCCGGAGUGAAGACAAAUCUCUCGAUGCCUCAGAUCCACAGCAUUGCCCUGGGAGGCGGGAGCAUCAUUCGGCCCAACACUGAAAGCCUGGCUGUCGGCCCGGACUCCGUGGGUGCUGAUGAGCUUACCCUGUCUUUGAAUGCUGGUGGAUCCCAGUUCACCGCGGCCGACCUUAUCAAGCUUGCGCCCGAGACUCUGGACAAGGUGGGGUUGUCUGUGGAAACGAUAAAUCAGGCGAAGGGCAAAGUCAAAUCCAUGAUUGAAGCUGCAGUUGAGACUGCGAAGACGAAGCCCGUGGACGCCAGAAUCGUUCUGGUCGGUGGUGGCAGCUAUAUCUUACCAGAUACAAACACGCUGGAAGGAGCUAGGGUCGUGGUCAGACCUGAAUUCUUCCAAGUAGCCAAUGCCAUCGGAGCGGCCAUUGCCAAAGUUAGUGGUAGUGUUGACCGCGUUGUCGUCCCUGGGCCGCAACAGUCCGCGGAAAGCGCAAUCGAAGACGCAAAGCGUGAAGCCAUCGAAACAUGCUACUUAGCCGGCGGUCUACGCGAAUCCGCUGAAAUUGUUGACUUGGAGAUCAUACCAGAGACUUAUUCCUUCAACGGAGCGUUCCGAUUGGUUAUCCGCGCUGUAUCAGACGUGGAUGGUACUCGUAAGGGUGUUGUGACUAGCGUCAAGGCACCAAUGAGUGAGAACAUGUUCGAUACAGUACCAGAUCUAGUUGAAGAUACCGGAUUCAAUUACGAAGCGAUGGGGGAGGAUCAAACUUCAACUUCUGAGGACAUCACAGCAUACGUACCACACAUUGAAAAUGACACCUGGACAUUAACAGAAACGGAUGUUGAGUUGCUCGUGGAUGGAACAGGUGUCCUGGGAGUAGGUUGUAUGGGCGAAGCUACUAACUAUCUGCUUGCCUUGAAAGAGGCCAUCCGACGCGGCCGGAAGGUACAGGUUAUACCGUUGAGAGGUAUCAAGGAAGACGACGUCAUUUGCCCGACUUGUUGGAUUGGGUCGCCGACCGCAUUUUUCGAGCGAAUACCCGGGAACGAAGAAAUGCAAGAAGCCAUCUAUGCAAACCUAACUCAGGUGGGAAAAGUUGACUUCACCCAUACAAUACCAACCGAGAUAGGGGGGCCAAACGCCCUUGAAGCUUUGUUGGUUGCAGCGAACCUAGGUAAGGUUGCGGUAGAUGCAGACCUCAUGGGCCGAGCAUUUCCCAGAGCGUAUAUGACCAUCCCUGCCGUCCAUGGCAAGAGAAUCACACCUGCAGCUUUGGCAGACGGCAAUGGCGCAGUUCUUCUGCUGCAAAAAGCCAAAGACGAUCAUCAAGCAGAAGACAUACUCCGGUCUGCCGCUGGCCAAUUUGGGGGUAUAGCGUCUCUGGCGAUGCGCCCUUUCGAGAGCAGCGAAACCUAUCUGUUCGCUCAGAACAGCUAUUCGCUGGCAUGGUCCAUCGGGCGAAGUAUGAGACUUGCCCGACAGCAGAAAGCGGAUGUAGCAUCAGCAAUUGUGGCAUCCGUCUCAGGGAAGGUCCUAUUCCGGGGCAAGGUGAAUUUAGUGUCUCGGCAGGUUCAGAACAACUUUACAAGGGGAUCAUGCACGAUAUUGCCUGAUGAUCUUGGCUUUACGUCAAGCGAAACUUGGCUAGAACUGAUUUUUGAGAACGAAAUUCUUGCAGCGACUCUCAGGUCCAAAGGCUCUCGGGAGUGUCUUGCUGCAACACCAGACUUGAUGGCGAUAAUUGAUUCCACCGGCGGGCAGGCUAUAGGAAUUACUGAGCUCAAAUACGGCCUCAGGGUCUCCAUCAUCGCUCUCCGAGCUCCAGAAAUCUGGCACACCGCCGAAGGUUUAGCUCGCGCUGGCCCUGCGGCAUUGGGUCUCUCCGAAGAUUACAUUUCGUCUUUGAGACCAAGCGCGGCUCCUCGUUCCUUGUUCGAUGAGUACUGA